AUAGCGCGGCCUCGACACCUGUCCCCCGCACGCGCGCGCGCACACACGAAAGUGCACGUAGCUUUCCUACCCUCCCUCCCUCCCUCGCUCGCUCGUCCCGCCCGUCGCCUCUCCCUCCUUUCUGCCGGUAACUCCCGGUCCCGGCUCCCGAGCCAUAGUGACAGCAAUUACCCAGUCCCAGAUCAACGUUACCCAACGGCUGCCAAAUCUCCCUCCGCUUCCCGGCUCCCCAGGUCGAGCCGUCGAGGGCGCUGCUUGCCACUGCCUUGGUCGCUACUGUACGACGCACUUUGGUGGUGGUGCCGCUACUCUGCUCCCCGAGUUCCAUCCUUCCUCACGAGGAGGGCGGGCGUUGCCGUUGCCUGCCCGUGUGCUUUGGCGAUUCGGGGGCUUGGGCUCGGAUCUGCGUGUGCCUGCCUCCGGACCCGCCCGAGGCUCGGGGCGCCUGAUUUGGGGCCGGGUUAGGCAGAUCUGGAGGGCACAUGAGAAUAAGGCGGCGGCGGAGGGGUAGCGGGAGCUAUGCGGUGCUUCUGCGAAGGACUUGAGCCGGCCUGGGAAGGUGAUCCUGGAGGAGGUUGCGGCGGCUGCAACGGCGGAGGGAAGGCUGGAGGAUGUCGUAGCGGUCGUGGCGCCGCUCGCGGCUCCGCCUGCGCCGACGUUUAGCCCCGCUGCGGCGGAGCUCACGCUGAUCGCCGCGGCGGUCGUGGGAGCCAUGGAGGGGGUCUCCGUGCCCCCGGUCAGGACGGCCUCCGCGGCGGACGACGACGCGCUGGCGCCGGAAGGGGAAGGGGGAGACGCGUCUCUGGCCGGGAGCCCGUGCUCGGUGGCCAGCGACUGCAGCAGCGUGGCCAGCGCUGACUUCGAGGGGGUCGGGAUGGGUUUCUUCGGCGCGGCAGCGGGCGCGGAGGGUGGCCUUGGCCCCAUGGUGUUCGAGGACUCGGCCGCGUCCGCGGCCACGGUCGAGGCGGAGGCCAGGGUCGCAGCUGGUGGGAGGAGUGUCUUCGCCGUGGACUGCGUGCCGCUGUGGGGCUACACCACUAUAUGCGGCCGCCGGCCGGAGAUGGAGGAUGCCGUUGCUAUAGUGCCGCGAUUCUUUGACGUGCCACUCUGGAUGCUCACCGGCAAUGCGGUGGUCGAUGGGCUCGAUCCCAUGACGUUCCGAUUACCUGCACAUUUCUUUGGUGUCUAUGACGGACAUGGUGGUGCACAGGUAGCAAAUUACUGUCGGGAACGCCUCCAUGGGGCCCUACUGGAGCAGCUGAGCAGGAUAGAGCAGACCGUGUGCGCAGCUAACUUGGGAGACAUGGAAUUCAAGAAACAGUGGGAAAAGGCCUUUGUGGAUUCUUUCGCUAGAGUGGAUGACGAUGUUGGGGGCAAGACGAUCAGGGAAGAUGGUGGCGAAGCACGCAUAAGUGACGCUGCUAUGAUGCUUGUGCCCGAACCUGUGGCACCUGAGACCGUGGGUUCAACGGCGGUCGUCGCCGUCAUCUGCUCCUCGCAUAUCAUUGUCUCCAAUUGUGGAGAUUCACGGGCGGUGCUCUGCCGUGGCAAGCAGCCCGUGCCUCUGUCGGUGGAUCAUAAACCUAACAGGGAAGAUGAGUAUGCAAGGAUUGAGGCAGAGGGUGGUAAGGUCAUACAAUGGAAUGGUUAUCGAGUUUUUGGUGUUCUUGCAAUGUCGCGAUCAAUUGGUGACAGAUAUCUGAAGCCAUGGAUAAUUCCAGUCCCGGAGGUAACAAUAGUUCCGCGGGCUAAGGAUGAUGAGUGCCUUAUUCUUGCUAGCGACGGCCUUUGGGACGUAAUCUCAAAUGAAGAGGUAUGUGAAGUUGCUCGCAAGCGGAUACUUCUGUGGCACAAAAAGAAUGGCACAAGCUCAUCAUCAGCCCCACGGGUUGGUGAUUCCGCAGACGCAGCUGCUCAAGCGGCUGCCGAAUGCUUGUCAAAGCUUGCUCUUCAGAAGGGGAGCAAAGACAACAUCACUGUCGUUGUAGUUGACCUGAAAGCACAGCGUAAGUUCAAGAGCAAAACCUAACCAUGAUGACUUAAUGGACAAUUAUAGCGACAAGUUGCUAGGAACCUAUAGAUUUGGAGAAUCCAAAUUUGGUCAGUUUAGUCGCUGCCUUAGUACAUUACUUAGCCUAGUUCUUUUUAAGCAAUUUGGGCUGCCAAAGGUUUGUAUUCCUGUAUAUGGUACAAAUUGUAAAAUCCGUGCCAGGGUUUAUGUUUCCUGACCGUGGCGACGGUCCUGUUUUCACUCUUCUUUCUUCAUUGCCCUGUAUUCUUUUUGUCUGCAUUCUUUUUUGUCAAGCUUGGCGUCCAAGUAUCUGUCAAUGUAUUUUUUUUACCAUGUAGGGUACAAAAGAAACGAAAGUGUUAUAAAGGUUUGUAUCCUACCUGCCUUAA